AUCCUUGAAGAUGCAGAGGCUCAGCACUUGUUCCAGUCCAUCCUUCCUGAUAUGGUGAAGUUGGCACUUUGUCUCCCUACUAUCUGCACGCAGCCAAUACCUCUGCUGAAGCAAAAGAUGAAUCACUCCAUCACGAUGUCACAGGAACAAAUUGCUAGUUUUCUGGCCAAUGCUUUUUUCUGCACCUUUCCACGUCGUAAUGCGAAGAUGAAGUCCGAGUAUUCUAGUUAUCCAGAUAUUAACUUCAACAGAUUGUUUGAAGGACGAUCACCAAGGAAGCCUGAGAAGCUUAAGACACUUUUCUGCUAUUUCAGGAGAGUCACAGAAAAAAAACCUACUGGAUUGGUGACAUUUACAAGGCAGAGUCUCCAGGAGUUUCCAGAUUGGGGAAGGUCCCAGAAAAAACUGACUAGAUUGCAUGUCACCUAUGAAGGCACUAUUGAAAGCAAUGGACAUGGUAUGCUACAGGUUGAUUUUGCAAACCGUUUUGUUGGAGGUGGUGUCACUGGGGCAGGACUAGUACAAGAAGAAAUUCGCUUUUUAAUUAACCCAGAACUGAUUGUAUCUAGGCUCAUCACUGAAGUCUUGGAUCACAAUGAAUGUCUUAUCAUCACAGGUACUGAGCAGUACAGUGAAUACACAGGCUAUGCAGAAACCUACAGGUGGGCAAGAAGCCAUGAAGAUAAGACUCCAAGGGAUGAAUGGCAGCGACGCUACACCGAAAUCGUUGCUAUAGAUGCAUUUCAUUUCAGACGUUUCCUUGAUCAGUUUGGUCCGGAGAAAAUUAGAAGAGAGCUCAACAAGGCCACCUUAAUACAGAUACUGGCAGCUGCCGAGGCUGGGCGUGAUGUUGUUUAUUUUACCUUUGGGGAUGUGGAGCUGAUGAGAGACAUUUACAGCGUGCACGCUUUUCUCUGUGAGAAGGGCCAAACUGUCGGCGAUGUUUAUCGGCUGUUACUGAGAUAUUACAAUGAAGAGUGCAGAAGCUGUUCCGCUUCAGGACCAGAAGUCAAGCUGUACUCUUUCAUCUAUAGCACCGUUGAGUCCUAUGCAGAUUCUACUGAUGAUGAUGAUGAUGGUGACGAAGAAAAAGGAGUGUACUUUGAGGAUUAA